AUGGAGUGUUCCCCGAAGGUCUCCAAUCAUCGAGACGCUGGUCGUCCCUACCGGUCUAAACGUCAUCCACCUUGCGAUCAAUGUAGGCGCAAAAAGCUUCGAUGUGAAGCUGACGGGAGAAAAAGCUGUCAGCGCUGUCAGGCAAGAUCGUCACCCUGCAGCUUCAAUCCAAUCCAUUCUUCGCCACAGCCGGGGAUUCCAUCCCCGACAGACCAAGAAGCUCAGCAUGGACACAAUGGGAUGACCUCACCCGCCGGCGUGGAUGCUAUUACAACACCACAUACCCCUGCUGGGCCGGGGUCAGCAAUCAACUUUGAUUCCAGUCUCAUCAACGACCCGGCGGGAGAGUUUUUGAUUUCCUUGCAACCGGAAUUUCAUCUACCAGAGCGACCGACGCCCCAGGCUAUUCAAACUCUGGACGGCCUCAAAGGGGUUUCGUCACAGCUGAUCGGGGCAUCGGGUGAAUCGGACCCAUGGCUGUUGCGACACUGCAAGUUCGACGCCAAUGGACUUCUACUCUUUCACCAGGUCCACUUCCGCAACGCGGGCGGCGUCCCGCGGGAUGAGAAGAUCCCUGUACAUUUCCUAGUUACGACGGAUGAGCUGUACGAACCGGCCAAAGAGACAACCAAGUACCCCAACAUUAUUUCACGCAGAGACGAAGUAAACUCCUUGGUGUCUCUUGAGUGUGGAAGGCGAUUGGUGUUAUUUGCCUCUUCUUCAGGGCUAUAUACUUCCCAUCGACAAAAUGCUGUGGUUGAUACACAGUACUGGAACUUUAGAAAAGGACCUCAGCUGAUACAGUGUAGAUUUAUGAAAUUUGUGUUUCCCACCCUACCGAUUAUUUCGCGAUCUAGACUCGGACUCACCUAUUCGUGCAAUAUCCCCGACGCAGAAAUGCUGCAAAACAUGCCAGUGCAUCUCUUGGCCGCCAUCUAUGCCUCAGCCCAGCCGUUCACCAAAUUUGACGAGCAUCUCAGUAUUCUAAACGCAUACAACAAACCACCCACAGACCGGCUAUGGCGAAUCGUCUUCGAGAUCAUCAUGGAAGAAAUUCACACCCCACAUCUGGCAGUCAUGCAAGCAGGCCUUCUAUACCUUCACAAGCAGCACCAAGACAAUCAGAGUGCUGUUGCAGACAGCCCAUUUAUGUGGUCCUUGGUCGGAAUGCUUGUUGGGCUGGCAACCUCCCUGGGUUUGCAGUUAGAGUGUCGACCAAUGGGUCUGCCUGCGUGGGAACGCCGCCUACGCCGGCGACUCUGGUGGUCUCUCUAUGCCGAGGACAAAUGGCGCAGCCUUCUGAUGGGCCGACCACCCUAUAUCCGACACGAUGAGUGGGAUGUGACGGAGCUCGAUGAUGAUGAUUUUUGCCUGGACGCGCCAGUGUCGUCCCCGAACAAUCAUAUCCGAGAAAAUGAGUGUGCACUUCAAUUCCAGAGUUUCGCGCGGCUGUCCUGUUUGGUCGAUGAGGUCCAGCAUUCCCUUUUUUCUUUACGUGCCGCUCAACGCCUGUCAUCCAACUUUCCUGAGUCACUCCAGACGGCACGGGGCCUAUUAGCCAAGUUGAAGGAAUGGUACUCGCACCUGCCUCUUGGUUUGCGUCACCAUGAUAAACCCUUCCCACCAAGCAAUCAAUCGAAUUGUCUCCAUUUCGCCUACAUCCUACUUGAAGUCUUCAUCUUUCGUGGUCUUCUGCGGCCCAUGGUCCGAUCGGCCGCUCCCCCCCGCCUCUUCGAAGAGCCUCAGGAUAGUCUCAAAACCAUGGUAGACGACUAUAUCGCCGAGAUCCUCUCCGCCGACGAGAUCGACCCCGUUCCCGCCAUCGACAACAAUACUGGCAAUGCGGUCCUUAAGGCCGCCGAAAAUUGUGCCGCGACCAUGCUGCGUUCGGUGCUGCGCAUGCCCUGUGAUGUCUCGGCAUUCUGGUUCUCCUGGUGUCGGAUCGGGUUCGCCACGGUUUCCAGUUUCAUGAUGCUUCUCGUGGUCCAAGCGCCAUCGAAAGAACAUGCUGUACGGGCGCGCGGGCUGGUCGAUAUGUGGCGGCAAGCGCUGGUACACAAUUCAUGCCCGAUGAUGGAUCUGGCGCUGGUGCGACUGAACGGGCCACACUGGAUGGGCUUGACUCGAAAUUUCUUCUUGCCGGGCCAUGUCCGAGAGGCACUUGAGUAUGACCAAUGA